CAACAAUGCUAGGGAACCAAGAUAGCUUCAGCCAAAAACCUGCCAACUCUUGUUGGACUGAGAACAUGAAGCCCAGUCCACUUCAGCAACAUCCCAAAUUAACCUAGGUAAACAUAAUUAACCUAACCGAACCCUCUCUUCUCCUUUCACCGUUUCACCGUAUCAUACCUCCAAAACCAUCCACGGCAGUGCCACACUACCAGGCUCAUGGCAUGGCAUUCUCCUCCGCCCUCGACGGCCACUGCGCCUCGGUCCACAUCGUGCGGGCAACAUCAAUCCUCCAUAGCUAGCUUCAGAACGCCGCAAAGCUUCUCUCCCGUCAACUUGGUCACUGGCGCGUUAGUCGGAGUCACGCCCAUCUCUGCCACAAUGAUGUUGUGCCACCCAGUUGCGAGGAACAAGGCGGUUCUGCUUGUCUCCAAGAGUGUGCCGCUGCUGCUGCAUGUCAGAGUUGGCGGCACCAUUGAAGCAUCUCUGCCCUGCUACCACGAAUGCGAUAGAAUGUCCCCUGCCCCAGCCUCAAAACAUCCCUUGCGAGAACUAAUUGUUUCCUUUAAAGGAUUCGAGGCUGUUUCUUGUGAAACCGUAGUGGGAUUAUUUUGCAGAAAAGCCAACCAACAUGAGAAAAAAGGUAAAAUGAUGUCUACCAUUCUCAUUUUAACAUUCACAUGAUCCUAUGUGUGACUUACAGCUAGUGUUACAAUUAACAGAAAUUGUUAGAGUCGCGAUGCUCGCC